ACUGUGGGGAUGUCUGUGUCUCUUUGGUGUGAGGAAGAGGAGGACAGAGGGCCAAAGAGUCGCACAGGGAACGGCCCUCGGAGGGCACCCUGGGACCCCAGUGCGUCCGGGCAGCGCAUUAUCGUCAGACUCCGGCAGUCGGAAGAGAGAUAUCUUCCCUCUCAGCUCUACACCGCCCUCAUCCAGAGACACCCACAGCACAGGGAGCAGCUGGCCAGGUGGGCCCUGGAGGUUUGCAGCGAGUGUGGAUGUGAUGAGGCUGUGUUUCCACUGUCUGUCUCUCUGCUUGAUCGAUACUUAUCAGCCACACUGUCCCUGCCUGUCUCUCCCUACUGCCUGGCUGCAGCCUGCAUUUUACUGGCGUCCAAACUGACCGAGAGCGAGACAGUCACGGCAGACACACUCUGUGCCGCGGCUGAUUACCACUUCCUGCCCUUCAACCUGCGGGAAAUGGAGCGUGUGGUCCUGGCAACCCUUCGAUGGGAUGUUGCCAUGGUAACCCCCCAGGACUUCAUUCCACAUUUUUUGUCCAUGCUUGGAGAUCUGAAGGACAAUGACACGGUCACAAAGGACUUUCUGAUGACACUACGGAGACACAGUGACACUCUGGUCUCUCUCUGCAUGUGUGACGCCCGCUUCCUCGGAAUUCCCUCAUCUCUGAUUGCCGCGGCAGCAGUGAACUCUGCUCUCAUAGGUUUAGGAGGCAAAGACCAAGGGAAGCUGGACCACAUGAGCAGCACACUGGCCACACUUUGUCAAACAGAUGUGGGUGUGCUGCAGUUCUACACCGAGCUGAUAGAGGGCGCCCUCAAAGAGAGACUAAGUCAUCGACUAAGAGACAGAGGAGAGGAGGAGGAGAAGGAGGAAGGAAGAGAGGAUGAGAGAGCUGGAACUCCAACAGACCUGAGAGAAAUAGACUUUUAA